AUGCAGGCCCAGGAAUUCCCUUUGGCAGUUAUCAGAGGACCUCAGUGUCACUGUGGCUUCCCUACCAUUCAUUUCCCAUUAGGAAACAACUCAGACAAGUCGCUCUGUAUCGUGUCGCAGAAUGCCAGCAGCGUGGCCAAAAUAUCAAGGGAGGAGGACUAUCGACUGGUCUAUCAGACUCCAGUGCAAGAUACUCGCUGCACUGACCGGAGGUUUCUCCCUACAAAAUCCAAAGCAUUUGUUGCUCUGUCAAGCUUCCCUGGAGCUGGAAACACAUGGGUCCGUCACUUAAUAGAACAUGCCACAGGAUUCUACACAGGGAGCUACUACUUCGAUGGAACCCUCUAUAAUAAAGGUUUCAAAGGCGAAAAAGAUCACUGGAGAAGUAGGAGAACUAUUUGCGUCAAAACGCAUGAAAGUGGCAAAAAGGAAAUUGAAAUGUUUGAUUCAGCCAUCCUAUUGAUACGGAAUCCCUACAAGUCGCUGGUGGCAGAAUUCAAUCGAAAAUGCGCAGGUCACCUUGGAUAUGCCACAGAUCGGAACUGGAAAAGCAAAGAAUGGCCAGAGUUUGUGAACAGCUACGCUUCGUGGUGGGCCUCCCAUGUGCUGGACUGGCUUAAAUAUGGCAAACACCUCCUGGUCAUCCACUAUGAAGAUUUAAAACAGGCUCUGCUACCCAAGCUGAAGGAAAUAGUUGCAUUUCUGAACAUCACCGUGACGGAGGACAGGCUGUUCUGCGUUGAAAACAACCGAGACGGGAAUUUCAAACGGUCGGGAGCCUGGCAGAAGACAUUUGAACCCUUUACAAAGGAAAUGAAAGAGUUGAUCAAUACAUAUAUUGUAACUGUGGACAAAGCCCUGAAAGAGAGAAACUUUAUUGGGCUGCCAAAGGAGUAUUUGCCUAGAUGAUGCCCUAUGGCAGGUUUUUAAAAGGAAAGUCGUAAUGCGAUGGUGCCCUGCGCCCAGCGAAACAUGUUUUUUAAGGAAAAUCUUAGUCAUGAAAUGAAAGAACAUGCCAGAAUUUGAUAGCCGUAAAAGGCAAGAUUUGCACAGAGUCUGCUGAUGGAUGCAGAUUCUCACGACUUGGAUGCUCUUCAGGGGUACUAAGUGCUACGAAAGGGAAGCAACGAAGGAUGGAAAUUGGGUUAUAAACCAAGGCAAAAGCCAUUAGCAUCUCUGCCUCUGUGUGUGUGUGUGUGUGUGUGUGUGUGUGUGUGUGUGCCCUAUUCCUUAUAAAUGCUACACAUUUUUAACACUUUUGUGCCCUGCUAACUCUGGGAAACAGGAGGGAGAAUGUUCUUUUGUCUCAUUACAAAUGCCUAUUAACAAUACUUUCACUCCAGCGUCUACAUUUUAAGCAAUUCUGGCCAUUCAAAUAUGUGCGGAGGGGGUCUUUUUCUUUUCUUUGUGUGUAUUAAACCCACCCUGAUAAAUAUUUUUAGCUAAGCCGUUCAA